AUGAGCAUGUUGAAUUGCAAAUUAAAUAAGUUGCUCAGGCGGACAAUGAAACAAUCAAGUAAUAUUCUUAGAACGGUAGAGACUUUGACGACGGAAGUCGAGGAACAAGACUUCUCGCGAUGUCGUCCGUAUUCUGACAUUCCUGGUCCAAAGCCCAUCCCAUUUCUGGGAAAUACAUGGCGAUUCAUACCAUACAUAGGCGAUUUUCAGAUCCAGUCGGUGGAUCGAGUUUCGAGAAGGUUGUAUGAAGAGUAUGGGGACAUCGUGAAGAUGGGAGGUUUGUUGGGUAGACCGGACAUGGUGUUCCUUUAUGACGCGAACGAGAUCGAGCGCAUCUUUCGACAAGAAGAAAGGAUGCCGUACAGGCCUUCGAUGCCUUCGUUGAAUUACUACAAACACGUGCUCAGGAAGGAAUUCUUCAAAAAGAACGCCGGCGUGAUCGCUGUGCAUGGCGAGGACUGGUACAAUUUUCGUAGCAAAGUGCAGCAAGUUAUGCUGCAACCGCGAACGGCCAGAAUGUACGUUAGCGCGAUCGAGGAGGCGAGUUUGGCAUUCCUUCAAAGAAUUAAAAAAAUACGGGAUGAGAAGAACGAAGUGCCUAAUGACUUUCUGAACGAGGUUCACAAAUGGUCCCUGGAAUCAAUCGCGCGUGUAGCGCUAGACGUUCGCCUCGGUUGUUUAGACGACGACGCGAAUGUAGAAACUCAGCAAUUAAUCGACGCGGUCACAACGUUCUUCAAGAACGUAGGUGUACUCGAACUGAAGAUACCGUUCUGGAAAUUGUUCAACACGCCUACGUGGAUUCAAUACGUGAACGCUCUCGAUACCAUUGUUAGUACUACGUCCAAAUAUACAGGGGCAGCUCUGUCUAGGAUAAAGGAAACGGGAAACCGUGACAAAGAGCCAUCGCUUCUGGAAAGAGUAUUGGCGCUAGAAAAUGAUACCAAAUUGGCUACAAUACUGUCCCUUGAUUUGUUUUUAGUCGGAAUCGACACGACUUCAAGCGCGGUCGCGUCGACACUGUAUCAAUUAGCAUUACAUCCUGACAAGCAGGAUCUCGUGUACGAAGAAGUAUGCAGCGUGAUUCCGAGCGAGCAGAUGCAGCUCGAGGGGCGUCACCUGGAUAAGCUGAAAUACUUGAAGUCUUGUAUUAAAGAAACCUUAAGGAUGUAUCCGGUUGUCAUCGGGAAUGGACGAUGCAUGACCAAAGACACAAUUGUUAAAGGAUACCUCGUGCCUAAAGGUGUGCAAGUGGUUUUCCAGCACUACGUGAUUAGUAAUUUAGACAAGUAUUUUCCACGCAGCAACGAGUUCCUUCCGGAAAGGUGGUUGCAAAGCGACGGCGACGGCGUGCGUCAUAGCUUCGCAUCUCUUCCGUUUGGCUACGGGAGAAGAAUGUGUCUCGGUCGACGUUUCGCUGAGCUCGAAAUGCUAAUCGUCAUCAGUAAGAUUUUACAACGUUACAGAAUAGAAUAUCAUCAUGAGAAGCUGGAUUAUUACAUUAAUCCCAUGUACACGCCGAAAGGACCAUUGAAUUUGACGUUCAUCGAUAGAUAGUGGUCUUCAAAUUCAUACGUUCGAUUGUAGUAAACAAAACAAUAAAUGUACAAAUAAAUUAUUCAUUUAGGCAGACAGUUUAUUCGUUUGUAUUUGUAUUAAUUGCUUAAUAGCUAUCUCGGUAGUACUUUGAAUUUGAGCUCUCCAUGUGGAGCGUACAUGAACGUGACAUUGUAUUUCAAUGGUUUGUGAUGGUACUCCAAUUUGUAAGAUCUUAUCAACUGAAAAUCAAUCAAAAUUAAAAUUAUUUUACAAUACACGUAGGCUGAGCCUAUCGAGCAUUUUAUAUUAGAAUAUAUUUAAAUAAUUCAUAAUGUUAAUUUACAAAACAUGUGAUUGAACAAAUAUUUUGCAUAAAAUAUAAAUAAAUAAUUGUGCUUCGAGAAUAUUGUACACAUACCUUAGCCAAUAAAACUUGCAUUUCUAA